UCCUCAAGAAAAUAAUUUUUACCUUCAAACUUCUCUCUCUCUCUCUCUCUCUCUCUCUCUCUCUCUCUCUCUCUCUCUUGUUCGAGAAAUUCUAUACUCUUUCACGUGCAGAUCUCUGUACAUCAAUAUUUUUGUUAUAUCAUCAUCAUUUCAAUGGCCUUUAAAAGCCCUUUAAUUCCCCAUCCCAAGAGAUACAUAGUACCCAAUUUCUCCUGCCUUCUUCCUCUUGAAAAUUACAGUCCCUUUUAACACUUUCCUUUUACUUUUUCUUUUCCUUUUUGGCCCAGAAAAUUUACAGACAACGCAAAAUUAAUCAUGGCCUUGGAGGCCGUUGUUUUCCAGCAAGACCAGCUCUUUACUGGUUACACCACCAGAGAUCUCUACAACCUCUUCGGAGCUGGGAAUUGGAGCUUUGACGGUCACUUUGGUUUUGCUCGAGAUGAACAAGAUCAAGAUCGAAAUUUUCUCCAGAACCAAACGGAAAAUCUUGACCAACAACCACCUAAUUCUACCGUCAGCCAGACUCAGUUCAACGAGUUGCACCACCCCAACUCCUCUUCCUGCUCAAAUCAGUACGGCACCAUUGAUGGCUCCAACUCGAGUGCUAAUCCGACUAAUGUGUCAACCAUUACUCGAUCGAAGAGACGACGAUCUAAGAGUAGGAAGAACAAAGAAGAGAUCGAGAACCAGAGAAUGACUCACAUUGCUGUUGAGCGGAAUCGGAGGAAGCAGAUGAAUGAGUAUCUCUCUGUUCUCCGAUCUUUGAUGCCAGAGUCUUAUGUCCAGAGGGGUGAUCAAGCAUCAAUAAUCGGAGGCGCCAUUAAUUUCGUGAAGGAGCUUGAACAUCGUCUGCAACUUCUUGGCAGCCAGAAAGAAAUCACAAAUCCAGAGAGAAGUGAUUCUGUCGCUCCAUUUUCUGAGUUCUUCACAUUUCCACAGUACUCGACGAGUUCAUCAUCAACUCGGGGAGGAUUAGUUACUCAUAACUCAGUUGCCAUGAACGAAGAAGAACAAGCUGCUCAUGUAAUAAUUCCUAACUCAACUCAAUGUGCCAUAGCCGACAUUGAAGUGACAAUGGUGGAAAGCCAUGCAAACCUGAAAAUAAGAUCAAGAAGGAGGCCGAAGCAGCUGCUGAAAGUGGUUUCUGGUUUACACGCCAUGCGACUCACUGUCCUCCACCUCAAUGUCUCAACAGUAGACCAGACUGUGCUUUACUCUCUGAGUGUCAAGGUCAGGUUGAAGAUGACUGUAAGCUGACUUCAGUAGACGACAUUGCUACAGCAGUUUACCAGUUGAUAGGUAGGAUUGAUGAAGAAGAUGCAAUGUUGAUGAACUGAAAAUUGAAGUUAAUUUAGGUUUAAUUAUAUAAUUAUUGUAUCUAGUUAAUUAAGAUUUUUACUUGUAUAAUUUGGAACUGAACUGAUGAUCAUCAUGCUUUGUCUGCUCAGUUUUUCAUGUUAUUAUUGUUAGUAUUACAGUGAGUAGUGUUAGGUUUUGUUCUGGGCCUGGCCAUGAGUUGGGCUUCUUUUGUGUUUAAUUUAAUUUAAUUUAAUCUUAAUCCCUCUUUAAUCUGAUCCUAAUCCUCUUUUUGUUUGGCAAA